AUGACCUGUCCAUCAUCACGGACGACGCGGAUCCUCCUCCUCGGACUUCUAGCCGUCACAUACCUUUUUACGCCCGUACAUUCUCUAGCCACGAUCCCGAGUUCGAAAUGCGUUAAAAGCUGCGGAAGCAGCCGUAAAACCACCGCCGAUGACCUCGUCUGUCCGGAUGCAGCCUAUAAUAGCACCGCGAAAGGGAAGACCGUGAGAGAUUGUCUAUUAUGUCAAAGUACCGGAACAGCAUAUAUCAACGAUGAGAGGAAUGAUAUUUAUACCUUUUUGGCUACUCAAAAAUUCACCGUUCAGAGCUGCCUUUUCGAUCGCAACGGCUCCUCCAUAUCAGGCUGCCAGGACGAAUGUAUGCCCCUAAGAAGCGUCUACAAGACCGACUGGUACGGCGGUAGCAACUUCACCCCAAUUUAUACGUAUUGCGACGACGCCGGGUUCCAACAGUAUGCCGACAAGUGCGAAUCGUGUCUACAUGGUAAAAAUGGGACUUAUAUUCUCGGGAACUUCAUCGACAACAUGGUUUCAGCUUGCACAAAUAAACCGAAUGCCUCAGAAAAGCAGAUUGUCAACGUCCGUCAACCCAUCUUUCAAGUGCCUGCCUCAGAAGCGGUGCCCGACGAAAGCGAUUCCUCCUCGGGCGGUUUAUCAACAGGUGCGAAAGCUGGUAUCGGUGUUGGAGUUGGUGUCGGUGGACUGAUCAUUGUGGGGGCUUUGGUUUGGUUUUUCUGCCUCAGGAAGAGGUCCAAGAAGGUCGACGCCCAUCAGUAUGAGCGGCCUUGGCAGCAGGAGAAUCCGGGUGUCCCUGUGCUGUCGCCUGAUCCGCGGAGUGGACCACCGAGUGAGAUGCCCGCAGAGACGGUGGUGAAGGGCCCCUCGGAGUUAGCAGGGGAAGAUAAUACGAAGGCGAAGAUGGGCUCGGAAGGAAAUGAAGGGGAGUAUGCAAAGGAUAAGAAGGAGCGACAAUCCGCGGUCGCGGAGCUGCCAUAA